CCCCUGACCGCUAAUGCCUGACCUCUAAACCCUGACCCUUACUGAUUGAUUGAUCCAAUUCAUAUGAAGACUGUCCUAUGAGUCCAGCUGUAAUCUGACCAUAUGAAGUCUGUCCUAUGAGUCCAGCUGUAAUCUGACCAUAUGAAGACUGUCCUAUGAGUCCAACUGUUAUCUGACCAUAUGAAGACUGUCCUAUGAGUCCAGCUGUAAUCUGACCAUAUGAAGACUGUCCUAUGAGUCCAGCUGUAAUCUGACCAUAUGAAGACUGUCCUAUGAGUCCAGCUGUAAUCUGACCAUAUGAAGACUGUCCUAUGAGUCCAGCUGUAAUCUGACCAUAUGAAGACUGUCCUAUGAGUAAUCUGACCAAAUGGGUCUUCAAAUGAAACUACAAUUUUGCACAAUUCUAAUCUGUGUCCCUGUGGUGUCCUGUCCUGUUGUCUGUGAUUGGCUGGUCAGGACCUGGUCUCCAUAGUGAUGCUGUCUCUGCCAUGUGGUUGGCUGUGCACUAUGAUGGGCCUGCCCCCCAUGUUUGGUUACAUCAUCUGUGGAGUCCUCCUGGGUCCCUCUGGACUCAACAGCAUCAAGGUGAGACAUGCAACUGUGUGUGUGUGUGUGUGUGUGUGUGUGUGUGUGUGUGUGUGUGUGUGUGUGUGUGUGUGUGUGUGUGUGUGUGUGUGUGUGUGUGUGUGUGUGUGUGUGUGUGUGUGUGUGUGUGUGUGUGUGUGUGAGUAAUGUAUCCCUGUGCAGUCUAUGGUGCAGGUUGAGACGUUGGGAGAGUUGGGAGUGUUCUUCACUCUCUUCCUGGUGGGCCUGGAGUUCUCCCCAGAGCGACUUCGGAAGGUAGGCUGUCCCCCCACACCACACACAUAGAGGGAUUUUCCAUCAGAUAUUAGCCUACAUUCUUGAAAUAGUUAAAAUUCUUAAAGGCCCACUGCAGUAAAAAAUGUGAUUAUUCUGUGUUUUAUAUAUAUUUCCACGCUAUGAGGUUGGAAUAAUACUGUGAAAUUGUGAAAAUGAUGAUAAUGCACUUUUUAGUUUAAGAGCUGUUUGAAAAGGGGAUGGAGUUCUGGCCUGCCUGGUGACAUCACCAUUUACAUUUUAGUCAUUUAGCAGAUGCUCUUAUCCAGAGCGACUUAUAGUUAGUGAUGCAUACAUUUUCAUCACCAGACGGUAAAAGACUGGUGUGAAUUGCGUUACUCUGACCUACAUUUUCACAGUGUGACUCAGAAACCCACAUUCUUACAUUCUUUCACCAACUCAGUCUCAGCAGAGACCAACACCUAACUCUCUCUCUCUCUCUCGCUCUCUCUCUAUUCCUCUCUCUCUCACUCUCUCGCUCCUCUCUCUCUCUCUCUCUCUCUCUCUCUCUCUCUCUCUCUCUCUCUCUCUCUCUCUCUCUCUCUUUCUCUCUUUCUCUCGCUCUCCCUUGUCUCUCCUCUCCAUUUGGCUAGCUAUCUGUUUAUCACACAUUUUCUUUCCUUAUCAGUCUUCCUGCUUCUUUCUCUCUCUCUCCCUCCCUUCUCUGGAAUGUGUCCUAAUAAGAUAAUUAUAUUGUGUUAAUUUCAAGAGUAUAGUUGAAGACCAUUUUGUGUGUGUACAUGCGUGUGUAUAUUUAAUGUGUGUGUCCUGUCCUAUGUGUGUGUGCAGGUGUGUGUAUAUUUAACGUGUGUGUCCUGUCCUAUGUGUGUGUGCAGGUGUGGAAGACCUCUGUGCAGGGUUCCUGCUACCUCAGUCUGUUGAUGGUGGCUACAGGGUUGCUGUGGGGCCAGGUGCUGCAUAUCCGUCCCACCCAGACUGUCUUCAUCUCCUCCUGUCUCUCUCUGUCCUCCACACCGCUGGUCUCACGCUUCCUGGCUGGGGGCGCCCGCGCAGACAAGGACGGUACGGAGACUACGGACUGUGUGUGUGGUGUGUGUGUGUGUGUGUGUGUGUGUGUGUGUGUGUGUGAGAGAGAGAGAGAAAGAGCGAGAGAGAGACUUGACUUCCAAUACUUUUUAUUUGAAUGUUAAAGAAGCACCUGUCAUUAAAAUGAGUAACUGGUUACAAACACUAAAACCGUGAGUGCGUGUGUGUGUGUGUGUGUGUGUGUGUGUGUGUGUGUGUGUGUGUGUGUGUGUGUGUGUGUGUGUGUGCAUAGGUGAGCUGGACUACAGCAGUGUUCUCCUGGGGAUGUUGGUGAUGCAGGAUGUUCAGCUGGGUCUGUUCAUAGCCGUCAUGCCCACCCUCAUACAGGUGUCAUCUGGUGACCUGGGCAGGUGAGCUAACACACAGCUGUAUAUACACUAGGAUCUAGACACACCCUGUGUACAUAUAGUACCUGCUGGGUAAACACACCUGCACAGUCUAACUCAACCUGUCCCACAAUUUGUCUCAUGCUAGUGAGGUAUGUCGUUCCAAAGAUGGUGUUAGAAGUUCUAAUGAUUAAUACUGUUGGGUUCUGUCCUGUGUUCUGUCUUCUGAGGGUUCUGUCCUGUGUUCUGUCUUCUGAGGGUUCUGUCCUGUGUUCUGUCUUCUGAGGGUUCUGUCCUGUGUUCUGUCUUCUGAGGGUUCUGUCCUGUGUUCUGUCUUCUGAGGGUUCUGUUCUGUCUUCUGAGGGUUAUGUUCUGUCUUCUGAGGGUUCUGUCCUGUGUUCUGUCUUCUGAGGGUUCUGUUCUGUCUUCUGAGGGUUCUGUCCUGUGUUCUGUCUUCUGAGGGUUCUGUUCUGUCUUCUGUCCUGUGUUCUUUCCUCCUAGCCCAGGUUCUGUUCUCUCUGUUAACUAGUGUUCUGUGUUGUGAGGCUGGUGUUCUGUGUUCUAUCCUGUGUUCUGUAGUGUUCUGUUGGGGGUCUGCGUGUCCUCCUGCUCCUGUCCCAGGUCCUGUUCUCUCUGGCUGUGGUGCUACUGCUGUGUGCUCUCCUCAAGUCCUUCCUGAUUGGUCCAUACUACAGGAAGCUCCAUGCUGAGUCUAAAGGCAACAAGGAGAUCCUGGUUCUGGGGACCGCUGCCUUCGUAUUCCUCAUGCUCACCGUACGUACCCCCCUCCUCACUCUUCCCCCUGUCCUCUAUCUUCUCCUCUCCGCACCUCUAGGAGAUGUAGCUCUCUUCUCCAACAGAGAAUAUGUUUCCUGUAGAAUCAGAAGUACUAGAAUGGACAUUCCAGUACAAAGCAAUGCUGUAUCAUUAGGGAGUUUAUGAUAUAGAUUGUUACACUAUAUCCAUUCUACCAACUGUAUGUCAAAUGAUGUUAUUCCCCCGGCUUUUCCCAGGUGACGGAGUUCCUGGACAUUUCCAUGGAGCUGGGCUGCUUCCUGGCUGGAGCGCUUCUCUCCUCGCAGGGUCAGAUUUGCACCACAGAGGUCAUGGCCUGCAUCGAGCCAAUCAGAGACUUCCUCGCCAUCAUCUUCUUCGCCUCCAUUGGUCAGAACUGAAGCUUCCCCUCUGCAGUCUGCAGCAUCAUGUCUCUCUAUGGCUGUUUAGCAUUGUAUCUCUGUCUCUAUGGCUGUUUAGCAUCGUAUCUCUGUCUCUAUGGCUGUUUAGCAUCGUAUCUCUGUCUCUAUGGCUGUUUAGCAUCGUAUCUCUGUCUCUAUGGCUGUUUAGCAUCGUAUCUCUGUCUAUGGCUGUUUAGCAUCAUAUCUCUGUCUCUAUGGCUGUUUAGCAUCGUAUCUCUGUCUCUAUGGCUGUUUAGCAUCGUAUCUCUGUCUCUAUGGCUGUUUAGCAUCGUAUCUCUGUCUCUAUGGCUGUUUAGCAUCGUAUCUCUGUCUCUAUGGCUGUUUAGCAUCGUAUCUCUGUCUCUAUGGCUGUUUAGCAUCAUAUCUCUGUCUCUAUGGCUGUUUAGCAUAUAUCUCUGUCUCUAUGCUGUGUUAGCAUCAUAUUUGUCUCUCUAUGGCGUUGUUUAUGCAUGCGUAUCAUCUGUCUCUAUGGCUGUUUACAUGUAUUCUGUUUUGUCUCUACUACUGUAGCGUCUCUGUCUCUGUGGCUGUCUCUACUACUGUAGGUCUCUUAUGCUGUUUCUAUACUGUAGGGCUCUUUGUGUUUUUACUAUGUAGGUCUCUGUUCGUCUCUACUAGUAGGUUUAUGUUGAUAUCUCUUGUACGUUCUAUGUUGUUAGUCAUAUACUCUGUCUCUAUGUGUGUUUACUAUGUAGGUCUCUGUUUGUCUACUAUAGGUCUGUUUGUCAUCGUACUACUGUGGUUCUAUGGUGUUUGUUCUACUACUGUAGUCUCUGUGUUUUGUCUUACUACUGUAGGUCUUGUGUUUAGUCUUCUACUCGUAUGGUUCUGUUUGCUCUACUACUGUAGGUCUCUAUGUGUUGUCUACUCUAUUCUAUCGUAGGUCUCGUGUUGUCUCUACUACGUAGGUUUCUUGUUUUGUAUCUAUACUGUAGGUCUCUAGUGUUGUCUCUACUACUGUAGGUCUCUGUGUGUUGUCUCUACUACUGUAGGUCUCUGUUUCUACUACUGUAGGUCUCUGUGUUUAUGGUCUUGUGCUUAUGUAUGUCUCUAUGUUUGUCUCUACUACUGUAGGCGUCUUGUGUUGUCUCUACUACUGUAGGUCUCAUGUGUGUUGUCUCUACUACUGUAGGUCUCUAUGUUUGUCUCUACUACUGUAGGUCUCUAUGUGUUGUCUCUACUACUGUAGGUCUCUGUGUUGUCUCUACUACUGUAGGUCUCUGUGGUUGUCUCUACUACUGUAGGUCUCUGUGUUGUCUCUACUACUGUAGGUCUCUAUGUUUGUCUCUACUACUGUAGGUCUCUGUGUGUUGUCUCUACUACUGUAGUCUCUGUGUGUCUCUAUACUGUAGUUCUGUGUUGUCUCUACUACUGUAGGUCUCUAUGUUUGUCUCUACUACUGUAGGUCUCUGUGUUGUCUCUACUACUGUAGGUCUCUGUGUGUUGUCUCUACUACUGUAGGUCUCUGUGUUUGUCUCUACUACUGUAGGUCUCUGUGUUGUCUCUACUACUGUAGGUCUCUGUGUUGUCUCUACUACUGUAGGUCUCAUGUUGUUUCUCUACUACUGUAGGUCUCUGUGUGUGUCUCUACUACUGUAGGUCUCUGUGUGUUGUCUCUACUACUGUAGGUCUCUGUGUUGUCUCUACUACUGUAGGUCUCUAUGUGUUGUCUCUACUACUGUAGGUCUCUGUGUGUUGUCUCUACUACUGUAGGUCUCUAUGUUUUGUCUCUACUACUGUAGGUCUCUGUGUUGUCUCUACUACUGUAGGUCUCUAUGUGUUGUCUCUACUACUGUAGGUCUCUGUGUUUGUCUCUACUACUGUAGGUCUCUGUUUGUUUUGAGUCUCUUACUACUGUAGGUCUCUGUGUGUUGUCUCUACUACUGUAGGUCUCUGUGUUUGUCUCUAUACUGUAGGUCUCCUUGUGUUGUGUCUCUACUACUGUAGGUCUCUGUGUUGUCUCUACUACUGUAGGUCUCAUGUGUUGUCUCUACUACUGUAGGUCUCUGUGUUUUGUCUCUACUACUGUAGGUCUCAUGUGUUGUCUCUACUACUGUAGGUCUCUGUGUUGUCUCUACUACUGUAGGUUGUUUUCUCUACUACUAGGUUUGUGUUUCCUACGUCUUGUUUGUCUCUACGUAUCUGAUCAGGUCCUGUGUUGUUUCUCUACUACUGUAGGGUUCUAGUUGUUGUCUUACACUGUCUCUGUUAUGGUCUCUACUGAGGUGCUUGUGUUGUUUAAACUGUAGCUCUUCAUGGUCUCAUUGAGGUUCUAGUUGUUGUUUAACCACUCUCUCACUGGUCAUCAUGAAGGUUGCUAGUGUUGUUUAAACCACUCUCUCAUGGUCAUCAUGAAGGUUGCUAGUUGUUGUUUUAACUCUCUACUGGUCAUCAUGUAGUCAUUGCUAGUCUGUGUUUCAUCUCUCACUGGUCUCAUGUAUGCUAGUAUGCUAGUUGUGUUUUAAUACUCUUCACACUCUCUCACUGGUCAUUAUGAAGGUAUGCUAGUUGUUGUUUUAAAACCACUCUCUCACUGGUCAUCAUGAAGGUAUGCUAGUUGUUGUUUUAAACCACUCUCUCACUGGUCAUCAUGAAAGUAUGCUAGUUGUUGUUUCAAACCACUCUCUCACUGGUCAUCAUGAAGGAUGCUAGUUGUUGUUUUAAACCACUCUCUCACUGGUCAUCAUGAAGGUAUGCUAGUUGUUGUUUUAAACCACUCUCUCACUGGUCAUCAUGAAGGUAUGCUAGUUGUUGUUUUAAACCACUCUCUCACUGGUCAUCAUGAAGGUAUGCUAGUUGUUGUUUUAAACCACUCUCUCACUGGUCAUCAUGAAGGUUUGCUAGUUGUUGUUUUAAACCACUCUCUCACUGGUAAUCAUGAAGGUAUGCUAGUUGUUGUUUUAAACCACUCUCUCACUGGUCAUCAUGAAGGUAUGCUAGUUGUUGUUUUAAACCACUCUCUCACUGGUCAUCAUGAAGGUUUGCUAGUUGUUGUUUUAAACCACUCUCUCACUGGUCAUCAUGAAGGUAUGCUAGUUGUUGUUUUAAACCUUUAAUUCUCUCACUUACUACUUCACUCACACUCACUCUGUCUUUCUCUCACUCUUUCUCUCUCUCUCUCUCCCUCUGUCCCUCACUCUCUCUAAUUAAACACCUCUUCCUCUCCAUGUCCCUGUUAGUUCCUGAUGGCGGUGCUGGUGCUGUCGGCCAUCUUGCCUAAGGGUUCUCGCCACAUCCGUUGGAUAGUGUCGGCCGGCCUGGCGCAGGUCAGCGAGUUCUCCUUCGUCUUGGGGAGCCGCGCCCGUCGAGCUGGCAUCAUCUCCAGAGAGGUACUUCUACCGACUAACUGACCACCACUCGAUGCUCAGUUCCAAAUCAAACAAUAGCAACUAGUCCCUAGCCACUACCCCUAGCCACUACCCCUAACCACUACCCCUAGACACUUCUUGAAGAUGUUUAUGGCAAUUGCAAGAUGAAUACAUACAAACAAUCCAGCAAUCCAAUCAAUCAAGAGAUGGUAUACAGGAUCUAGAAUACAAAUAUGUAUGUAUGCUCUGUCUCUCACCUUUCCAUCCCUGCCCUCUUCUUCCUCAGGUGUACCUGCUGGUUCUCAGUGUCACCACUCUGAGUCUUCUGCUGGCUCCGGUGUUGUGGAGAGCUGCCACACACAAGUGGGUCCCUCGAGCCGAACGCAAGACGCUCGCCCGCCCGCCCCCCCUGCUGCCACACCCAGCAGACUGA